AUGGCCUCCCAACUGAACCACGCGGUUACUUCGCAAGACUUCUUGAAACAUCCGUCCCCGUCUACUGAGACUUCUCCUACGACGCCGCAUCCCUUCCAAAAUGCAAAGGGUUUGAUAGAGGUGCUCCCAGACAAGAUUGACAUUGAAGAAGAGGUGCGGCUAUAUGAGGAGCUAUGUGAUAGCCCGGUCAGAUCGAGAUACACUACUCCACGACCUCGUUCGCCGGUGCAAACACCGUCAGUUUUCUCGAAGGAUAUCUGGCUAGGAGACAAUUCUGGCGAGAGUCAGUCGUUUGCGCGUGAGGUGGAAGUUAUCGGAUGGACGAGUGUCGGCGACAAGCGUGGAGGGGCGUACAUAGUGUAUGAUUGUGCCAUCAAGACUAAGGAGGGAACGGUCUUUCACGUGCACAAACGCUACAGCGCCUUUGCAGAGCUGUAUACGAGACUACGUGCUACAUUGCCAGAGGAUCAGCAAAGCUUCGUACCAGCGCUCCCGCCAAAACACUCUUUGGCCAAAUUUCGCCCCACGUUCCUUGACCAGAGGCGACGCCUUCUCCAACACUGGCUGUCUUCUGUGUUGCUGCAUCCUGACAUCGGUGGGUGCAAGGCUGCGAGAGAAUGGGUUAUGAAUUAA